AUGGCAGCCUCGUCUCUCCGAGCCCUGCGGCCCCUGACCCGCCAGACCGCCUCCCUCCUUCGCCCCAUCCAACACCGCAGCCUCAACACCGCCACAGCGCCCGUCCUCUACUCCGCCCACGCGACCGUCGUCGGCGCCCGCACGGGCCACGUCUCAUCCGAGUCCCUCAAUGUCGAUCUCACCAUGGCCAAAGCCCUCGGCGGGACGGGCGACAAGGGCAAGACCAACCCGGAAGAACUCUUCGCUGCUGGGUAUGGCGCGUGCUUCCAGUCCGCAAUGAAUGCGAGUGCGGCUAGUCUGGGGAUCAAGAUGCCUACGAAGAAGGAGGAUAGUGUGGUGGAGUCGACGGUUCAUCUCGUUGGGGAUAUGAAGGGGCUGGACAUGGGGUUGAGGGUGGAGAUGAAGGUCAAGGUCAAGGGUUUGAGUGAGGGUGAUUUCGAGAAGGUUGUGGCGAAGGCCAAGGAGGUUUGUCCGUACUCGAGAGCGACGCAGGGGAAUGUUGAGACGAAGAUCGUGACGGAGAGGUGGGAAUAA